AUGCUCAAUCUCGUCGAAGGAAAGUGGUGGACACUGUUGCGCCGGAGUGCAGGGGCGGGCGGCGCGCUUUCCGCUUUUCCCCGGCGCGUGAGUCAGAGCGGGGCGGACGCGAGGGAGCGCCGGGGAGCGCCGGGGAGCGCCGCGGAGCGCCGCGAGUACAUUAUAUAUAGUGGGCCAGUGUCGCACGCGCCGCCCGCGGCCUCGCAUCGCUCGCCGCGCUCCGCCGCCUCGCCGCUUUGCCGCACCACGCGUCCGCUGGGCGCGUCGCGCGGGCCGCGGGCCAGGCCCGCGCGCCUGCUGCUGCUGGCCGCGUGGCUGGCGGCCGCCGCCGCCCAAGAGCCCGCCUGCCCGCGGGAGCCGCUCGUCUGCGCCACCUGCCGCUCGUACGAGAACGCGCGCGAGCACAGCCUGCGCGUCAUCCGCGAGAGCCUCCUCGCCAAGCUCGGCUUCACGCAGGCGCCCAACACCACCGGCCGCGAGCUGCCCCGCGUACCCGCCGACCUCAUGGAGCGCUACGAGCGCCGCCCACCGCCACCGGGCGUCCAGGCAGACGCGCCCGCGCCCUCCCGCGCCUUCGUCACCCACACCGAGCAGGACGACUUCCUCGCCCGCACCGACAACGUCCUCAUAUUUGCCCACCACAAAGGGCGGUUGCGGAUAUCUCAAGCACCAUACGAGGCGCAUCCGCAAAUUUUAAAUAGAAUCGCGUACGUGUACAAAGCGUUCGUGCAAAACCGUGGUGCAGCUGGACCCGCA